UUUAAUUCAAAGUACCACAGAGAUAUUGUGGAAUGUCAGAUGUGAUGAGGACUUGACUCCUUGUUUAGGAAUUUGUGGAACGCAUGGAUGUGGGGCAGGCUAGAGGACCUGUGCCCUUUGGUGAUCGAGAACUCUAAUACAAUGUCACCAACCACCUAAGCGACAGCUCAAUGUGGGAAGGAAAUGUGCCACCACCAUGGCAUCAGUGUCUCUUUAAAAUGCGUACACGCAUGUGCACAAACACACACAGACACACACACACAAACCCUUCCUCUCUGGAAUUGAUUCUUGUCUGGGAUUUGGUGCCAGCCAUGAGAAAAAUACUCAGGGCACUGGUUGUGUCACAGAACCUGGUCAAAUCCACUGUCAGUUAUGGAAGCCAUGAUUGGUCCGCUCAUUUGGGUGACAUCACAAGAAAACAUUAUGAAGUAUGCUAACAACUACUAUGUUUUAGGCCCUGCCUGUAUUGGGUUCCUGGCUUAUAUCUCGGAGUAACUGUUGCUGGGAUACAGAACAAGUGUCACCGAAUAUUCUGUGACAGACUUGGAAUCUCCAGUCUACUGGACUUUGCUAGACAUCGUGUGUCCCUGAAAUUGCCCAAAAAACAGAGAACUUGAGGAAACCAUCAUGGUCUGCCACCGGGAAGAGGACAUCCUUAAGAAGAAUUACAAAUUUUUAACAUCUCUGGGGUGUGGUGCAUUUGGGGAGGUGAUACUUGCCCAACACCUUCCCACGAAAACGCAGGUGGCUAUCAAGGUGCUUGAGAAAGAGUACAAUGAUGAGGAGUACAUCAGGUCUGAAGUUGCGAUCCAUAAGUCCCUGCAACACAGCAACAUCAUCCAGUUAUUCCACGCUAUCAACACGCUGCAGACCACCUAUCUCAUCAUGGAGUACCAUAAAGGAAAAGACUUGGUGAUGUUGAUCAGGGAGGUGGGCUGUCUAAAAGAGGAGGAGGCUAGGCCAGUAAUCAAUCAGUUGGCAUCUGCUGUGCACUUCCUGCACCAGAGACGGAUCGCGCACCGCGACAUCAAGCUAGAGAACAUACUUCUGGGGGAAGGCGGCAAAGUCAAACUUUGCGAUUUCGGGUUGGCCACUCAGCUUGCAGAGGGUCAGAUGCUGGAGGAGCUGUGGGGCACCUUGCCAUAUUUGGCCCCUGAGAUCUUGGCCGGAACACCAUAUGACGCUAUGGCAGGGGAUAUGUGGAGCUUAGGGAUUGUCUUCUACGUCCUGGUCACCGGACAAUUGCCCUAUGUAGCAUCGACCCCCGAAGCUAUGUACCAUCUGAUCACCACCACCCCGUGCCGCAUUCCAUACCAUCUUUCUAAGGCCUGUUAUCUCACCUUGGCCAGACUGCUCACGGGUUACAUUUGGUUCAGGCUAACUUCAUCUCGGCUUGUGGAACGACCUUGGCUGGGCCAUAUUCAGGAACACGUAACACCUCCUGCCAAGGAAAUCCUCCCCAAGGUUGUGGAGACCAUGUGUAACAUCGGGUACACCUGUGAGCAGGUUAUAUCAUCGCUAAAAGACCCACAGUCAAACCUGACAGCAACGAUUAACAUACUAAAAUUCAAAGUGAGCUCUGGGGAUAGCAGCCUGCAAACGAUCAUCCCUGCAGUCGCUAUUAGUGUCCCUGUGGCCAUGAAGAGGAGCCACAGCGAACCAGCUCUGCUGUCCAGAGGCAGAAGCAAAGCAGGGCUCCACACACACACCUGCCCAGAGGAGCUGCACUAUUCAGACAACACAGCUCCAGAAGGAGAUGCAUUGGCCACUGAAACCAUCAACUCCACUACAGGGGACACCACAGUCAACCCGAUGUCACUGGAUAGCCUGGCUGACAAAUCCUCUUCCCCUGAGCCACCUCCGAAUGAAAAAUCCAUGGGGCUGGUGAACAUGGCCUUCAGCGAAGAACAAUCCACAGAGCCAGAGGUGCCCAGUGACCAGCCCCAGGUUGUACCCACAGCCUCUGGAACCAGGCCACUCCGGGGCUGGAAACUAAUGAAGAAGAGAAUUUCCCGGGCACUGAGAGCACUGUGCUGCUGCUGCCUGCCCGCCCCACGUGGGCAAACGGAAGUGGCCUAGGAGAUUUCCAGCCCUGGUAAGGAGUGCCUGCUGCAGAAGGGAGCCAGGACAGAAGCUCAGAUGGCGGCGGCCCUGCAACUAAGGGCAACAGGCCCCUGCGUCCAUACUCCAGCUACAGAUUCUGAGCUACCAGUCCCUUUCUCCUGUAGCUUACUGCUGCCCCGGCACUGCUUUCCAGAUCCAGGGCUGGACAGAAGGCCCAUCUGCCCACUGAGUCUCCACCUCCUCAGCUUUGGUUUGCAUUUAGGCCCGUUACACACAACAUUUAACACAUCUCCCUCUGCAACCAGCCAUGACUUUGAUGCAACCUCAUGCUGAUCAUCAUCUUGUUUUCUUCCUCUGCUUCAGCUUAAUUUCAACUGUCUGUUGGGCAGACCUGCAACAAUGCAUGUCCUUGAAUCUGAUUGACAGGGACAAUGUAUACAGAGUUUGAGCUUAUGCUUCAAUCUGAAUUCCCACUCUUUUAAUAAUUCUGAUUUUUGUGUUAUGUGUUAUUUUUUAAAAUUUUCUUACUUGUUAUUUGUUCGUUUUUAUAUAUCUUUAACAUAAAUGUGUUCAUUAGGAUGUUCAAUUUAAAUAGAAAAAGUAGUUAAUUAAUAUUGUUAAUGCUUCAUGUAAAUAUCUGGACAGUCAUUAUAAACUAUGAAAGCCUAAUGUGGACAAUAAAUAUUCAUAUGAACCAAAAAAGAGAGGAACUUCUGGUCCUGGCUUGUAGGAGACACUGUCGGCCAGCCUCCCUAAGCCUCAGCUCUUCUGCCAAAACCAGCCUACCCAAGCCUCAGCCAUCCUUCCAAAGCAAGCCACAUGAGCAUGCAUGACAGGAACUUCUUCCCUGAGCCAAUCAAAGUCCUCCUGCUAUGCCCAGAGACUGCUGACUAAUGGACACGAGACCAGAGUUGUCAGUGAAGAACAAACUCAGGUCAUCAGACUUGGUGGCCAACACCUUUACCUGAUGAACCAUCCCACUGACCUGGAAGAUUUAUUGGACUGGUUAACCUAAGGGCUGGUGUAGUCCCCAUUGACAACAUGCAGGCCAAUUCUGGAAUCUGAAUGCCUCUUCAGUUUCUGUGUGCUGCUGGUGACCUAAUAUCUCUCUAGCACUGCGUUCACAUAGAAGGCAGAAGGGGUUAACAUAGUUUCCUUGUAAGUUGGCUACAACAAUGGGUGAAUUCCUCAUACAAAAGGCUUGCACACCCAGGAUUUCCAGCUUACUUAGUCUCCUUCCUGAGCUCCCAGCCCUUUGGAUGGUACCAUUUACAAUCAGGAUGGGUCUACUCCAAUCACUGUCCCACAUGCUAACCCUCUCUGGAAAUUCCUCUCAAUGCACAAGUGUGUGCUUCCCAUCGUAGACACUCAUGCAGUCAGGUUGAGAACAACCACUUCACAGUUCUGCCUGAUAGCCUGGGAAAUGCUUACCCAUGAAGUCAUGGUGACACUAUUAGCCCUGGGAGGAUACAUCCAAAGGACUGGACACAUGACCUGAAAACCUAGUAAUCUCAAUACCUGGUCCUGGUGGUGAGCCUCCAGGAAGUUAUGUGAUCUGGGCAGGCCAAUC